AUGCCUGACAGUUUUCAGCUUUUUGUGAAAAAUGCCAAACAAGUAGUGCUGGUGUGUAGGAAUGGUGAGCAGUUUCUGACUGAAGAUGGGAUGCAGAAUUUGGCAGUUCUUGAGAAUGCAAGUGUAGUAAUUGGACACAAUGGGCUUAUUGAAGCUGUGGGACCAGCAGACUCCAUUGAAUCCUGCUUCAGAGAAGCUGUAUUUGAUAAAAUUUUGGAUGCCACUGGCAUGUGUGUUCUCCCUGGUUUGGUUGAUGCACACACUCAUCCGGUUUGGGCUGGUGACAGAGUACAUGAGUUUGCAAUGAAGUUGGCUGGUGCCACAUACAUGCAGGUGCAUGAGGCUGGUGGGGGUAUUCACUUUACGGUGGCACGCACACGUGCAACAGAUCCAGAAACUCUGCUACAGGGGCUGAAGGGCCGUCUGGAGCGCAUGCUGAGAGCUGGAACUACACUGGUGGAGUGUAAGAGUGGUUAUGGACUGGAUCUUGAUACUGAACUCAAAAUGUUGAAUGUUAUACAAGAAGCCAGGAAGACUAUGCCUAUGGGGAUAUCUUCAACAUACUGUGGUGCACAUGCAGUACCCAGAGGUAAGACUAUGGAGAAGGCAACUGAGGACAUUCUUUCAGUGCAGCUGCCUGCUAUACAAAAGCAGAUUUCUGAAGGCAACCUGCAGGUGGACAAUAUCGACGUAUUCUGUGAGAGAGGAGUUUUUGAUCUGAUCUCAACAUGCCGAAUUCUCCAGGCUGGGAAAGAGAUGGGCCUCAAUCUCAACUUUCAUGGAGAUGAACUGCAUCCUAUGAACUCUGCACAGCUUGGGGCAGAGCUUGGUGCUUUAGCUGUAAGUCACCUGGAGGAAGUGACUGAUGCUGGCAUUGCUGCUAUGGCAAGAGCAAAGACAUGUGCUAUCCUGCUGCCUACCACUGCCUACAUUCUCAGGCUUCCGUGUCCUCGGGCCAGAGAUAUGAUUGAUGCUGGAGUUAUUGUAGCCCUUGGGAGUGACUUUAAUCCCAAUGCUUACUGCUGCUCAAUGCCUAUGGUGAUGCACUUGGCCUGCGUGAUGUUGAAAAUGUCAAUGCCUGAAGCACUGGCAGCUGCCACAAUAAACGCAGCCUACGCUUUAAAACGCUCGCAGUCACAUGGAUCUCUGGAGCCUGGCAAACAAGGAGACCUUCUCAUCAUUAAUGCUCCACGCUGGGAGCAUCUUAUCUACCAGUUUGGAGGCCAUCAGGAACUGGUGAAAUUUGUCAUCAUCAAAGGCAACAUUGUUUAUGAAAAUGACAAGGUCUUGGACCUCUGA